CGUGACGUCAGAGACGGGCUGGGUUUGCUAAUUCAGAUCAGCCCUUAAUAUUUAUCUGAGGGAUAGACACCCACUGACGACGCCGGCUUCACCGCAAAGGUGUGUGUAGAGUGUGUACUUUCUCAGCAGAGUGACACACAGGCUGGUGGCCUACAACCAGGAUGUCCUACAUGAGAGCAGACAGUAGCUGGUCCCAGCCCUGGGACUUCAACAGCCUGGUCCAGACAUGCAGCUCCAACAUCCAGAAGAUCAGCCAGAACUCUGGGCAGAUCAAAAAUCUCCUCUACCAACUGGAGACGAGACAGGAAACCUCAGAUCUCCAGGAGAGGCUCCAAGAGCUCCAGCACUACACCAACCAGCUGGCUAAAGAGACCAACAGACACCUGAAGGAGCUGGGGUCACUGCCCCCCGCUCUGUCUCCAUCAGAACAGAGGCAGCAGAAGCUACGUAAGGAGCGUUUGAUGAACGAUUUCUCUGCAGCCCUUAACAACUUCCAGGUGGUGCAGCGGAGGGCAGCUGAGAAAGAGAAGGAGUCAGUGGUCAGAGCUCGAGCUGGAUCCAGAGCCACGGGAGACGGAGGCAAUGUGAAUGACCAGCUGGUGACGUUUGAAAAGGAAGAUGAGUGGAGUCAGAGCCAGACUCAAACUGAGGAGCCCCACAUCACAGAGGAGGACCUGGAGAUCAUCAGGGAGAGAGAGACUAACAUCAAACAGCUGGAGGCCGACAUAAUGGAUGUGAACCAGAUCUUCAAGGACCUGGCUGUAAUGAUCCACGACCAGGGAGAGAUGAUUGACAGCAUUGAGGCCAAUGUGGAGAGUGCGGAGGUUCAUGUGGACAGAGGGGCCGUCCAGCUGCAGAAGGCAGCCUAUUACCAGAGGAAGUCUCGUAAGAGGAUGUGCAUGCUGGCCAUGGUGCUGUCGCUGGUGCUCAUCAUCCUGAUCAUCAUUAUCUGGCAGGCCAUCAAAUGAGAGGAGCCCACUGAUACCUUCAAAUGACUUCCAACGUGUGUGUGUGUGUGUGUGUGUGUGUGUGUGUGUGUGAGAGAGAGAGAAAGCUGUAUAUGUGCACAUUAGUCUGAAAAUGAACCCUACAUUCCACUAUAAAAAAAAGUCAAAUCCUCCUCAGUGUAACCUUCAUCGCCACUGUAGACUGUGUCUUAUGAAAUGCAAUGUUGCACAAUUUUGUAUACAGUAAGUUGAUAUACUGUAGACCCUGUCUUGUUUGAAUAUAAAGUGUAUUCCUGAUAUAAAGAGUGUCUUACCAGUGGUUCCCAACCUGGGGGCCGGGACCCCACUUGGUCGCCUAAGCUUCAUAGGGGCCGCAGAACCUUCUUGAUUUUAAGCUGUGCUAGAAAACAUACAAAUAUACACAGUAGGUCUAUAUCUCAACAUUUCAUUCAUUUCUGUGAAUAAAACUAAAUAAAACUGUUAUUUGUAAAGUUUAGAUUACACUGUAAAACCAGUUAAUUUAACUGAAAAAAUUGUUGAAAGUGAUUAAAAUUCAAUUUUAAAAAAGUGAAACAUUCUUGAAGUGACACUGAAUUCAUUUUUAAUUUAUUUGUAUUGUGAAAAAAAUUGUGAAAAGUAUUUAAUCAGGAAUGUUUUUUAACUUACAAAAUUUAGUUUGUCUAACUUAAAAUGUUCAAUGUAAACCGUUUCAACAAUUUUUUUGAGGUAAAUUAACUUAUCGCAUUACAGUGUAUUAUUUCCUUUCUAAACUUUGAUGACCUGAACACAAGCAGUAUUAGAACAAUGGCCAAAUAUCAGGGGGAAGAAAACACUGAAUAUGGUCAAAGUCUGUAUGAUUGUUAAAAAAAGAAAUAAUUUGCUCAAAAUUCAUCCAAAUCACUCAUUUUACACAACAUUCCUGCAGUUAUUGUGUUCACUGUUCAUUGUACAGUUUAUCCGUUUUUCUAUAAUUGUUGAAUAUUAUCGUCAGGUUACUCAAUGAUAGAAAAGGGGUUCCUCAAGAAAAAAGGUUGGGAACCACUGAGCUAUGAGAAUGUUGAAGGAUAUAUCGGCUGGUAGCAGCUGGUAGAAUGUCUGUCUUUAAUAAAUCAUUGGUUUCACUGAUCUA